AAGCCCGUUCUUAGAGCUUGUGCGUGCACGGAGGAGAUUUCGUCAAAGUUUCGACGUCAUUCGUUGAUGAACGCCCGGAGGAAGAUUCGUUGUGACCGCCCGUGGCAUCGGUAGCGCGCGGAGCUUCCGAGCGGUGUAGACUACAUUACUUUCCCUGACUUCAUUGGACUGGCGAGAGCGGCUUUGGCGGCUCGACCCGACGACUAUUUGAGUUCCACUGGGUAUUCCUGAGUAUAUCGCUUCAGGCACGCUAAUAUGGAAGAGUCCGCGGUCAACGAAUACGCAUCGUCGCUCAGUGAGUUGGUCACGAACUCGAAACCACUGAUAUCGAUGCUGACCAUCCUUGCGGACGAAAAUAAAGCACAUGCGGCGAAGAUCGCACAGGUCAUCCAAAAAUACCUCGAAAAGAGUCCGACGAAAAUCAAACUCCUGUCUCUUUAUUUGAUCGACUCCAUAGUCAAAAAUGUUCGUGAACCAUACAUCCAGAUCUUUUCGGAGAACCUUGUGCCGAUGUUCACCGAGGUUUUCGAGGGGGGCGAUGAGAAAGUUCGAGCAGCUUUAUUCAAACUGCGACAAACGUGGAAAGGCAUAUUCAGCGAGUCUAAACUAUAUCUAGUGGACAUAAGCACAAAACGUAUGGACCCUCAAUGGCCCAUAACGACCUCCACCGAGAGCCUGAGGGCGCCGAUUCAUCUCAAUCCGAAGUUCUUCUUGCGGCAAACGAACGGAAUACCAGAGAAGACAAGUGAAACGACCGAAAGUGAGAAAGUUGGAGAUGAGAAAAGCGACAGGCCGCACAGCAAUCCCGAAGAUUCGCACCGGGACGAUAGGGGACAAAUAAACCUCAUGAGCGCCGAUGCGGGGAUUCAGAAACGUACCGACCCUCGGCUGAAAAAGAAGGACUCGGGUGAGAAGAAAACUUCGUCGAAGACAUCUGCAAGGCAUCAAGAGAGUUCGGAAAAGCGCCGGCCAUCUCCGAAGUCGUCAUCUAGGUCUUCGACGCAGAAGUCCGAUCACAAGAAAGCAGUCAAGCGAACUUCCGAGGAACCCACGUCUCUUGAGCCGAGCUUGGCGGAUAAGGAGGCCGCAGCCAUCCUGAGCGGGGAUGUCGACCUCAGACUUCUGGCACCCGUGACGAAAAAACCCAAGCACGAACUGCAGGAUGACGGAGAUCUUCCAAUCGCUGACGUUGACCUCAGAAUAAGGCCGGAGCCUCUCGAGGGUGAAUCGGGAAGUACACUGGUCGCCGUCAAAACUGAGGUCGCUGGAGCCGGAGAAGCUGUCGAUACAAGUACGCGCAGAGCCAAGACAAAGGGAAGAUCGAAGAGCCAUUCCACGAAAGCUGCGUCGCAGAGAUCGGUUUCCAGCGGUGGCCACAAUCGAGUACCGCAAGGCGGUGCGGCAUCGCAGCCGGACUCCUCCGAUCCCAAGUUCUCCGAUCGGAACCUGAAACCCAAGGGAGCACCUGAGAUGGGCCUUCCCGCUGCUUUGAAGAACAAGGGUAUUCGGGUGUCUGACCCUGCUCCGGACUCGGGACAAAUCCGUCUUGACGGGAGAAUGAGGGAAGUGCGCUUCGUCGACGGAAUAGCGGUGGCCAUCAUCGAAGAGGUGCCGCCCAAUCUCGUUCGUGCUCGGCAAAUCAUGUUCCGUGGUGGCUCGAAAAAAAUCAUCAUCAAUGACACUAUCGAAGUACUGACAGCCUUUGACGGUCGCGAGCACGAUUUCAAUUUGAACGGAAAUCGCCACCGCAUCCGAUUCGGAGCUCCUUUGAGGGAGCUGUAUAUUGAUGGUAUACCGUACGCGUGUCAAUUCAACGGGGUUCCAAUCUAUGUCAGGAGCCGGGAGGACGUGUUCUCAGUCACCUUACACCCGCCGUGUCCGAGUGUCAACGACAAAAUGGAAGCCACCCCUGAGUUAUUGAAUAAACUCGGUUUAAAACCCCUUCUUCCGAAUCCCACAACUCCUUUCGUAGGAGCUCCUUUCCAAGGAAUGCCAACCAUCCCGGGACACCCUGCAGUGAACGGCACGAACUCUGGGGGAUGGAUUCGAUAUCAAGAUGAACUCAACGCCCCCGCCAACUUACCUCCCGGAAUAUUCCCGCCGAUGCCGGGUGCUUUGGGGCUCGCUCAGCAUACCGCUUUCCCCGGAUCCAACCUGUUCUGCGCUCCGUCGCAUUUGGCAACUUCUCCCUACGGCGCUUACCAGAUGCUGCCGACAGCGAAUCUUCCCAUGCCGGUGGUUCAAGCUCCGGUUCAGCCGAGCGCCACGACAGCCGUUACGGCCCCGAAUCCAGAAGUUAAUUUAAAUGUCUCUGAUCUUCUAAGCAAGCUGGUCAACGCUGGCAUUAUCGGUUCUGGUGACAGCAAGCCGGAUGGUGAGCAUAAUCAGCCCAAGCCGAAGGAAGUGGUGAAAGAAGAUAUCCCACGAUUGACUUUCAAGAAGACGGACUUGUUGAAGAAACGGUACAAUGGCGUCAUAUCAGCUCUACACGACGGAAUGCAGUGCGCAACCUGUGGCCAACGAUUCUCGCAGGCCGAGAAGAGCUCGGAUAAAUACGCGCAGCAUCUGGACUGGCACUUCAGAUCGGCUCGGAGAGGAAGAGAGGGCUUGAAGAAAGCAUCAUCUCGGAAAUGGUUUUACCAGAUCUCCGACUGGAAGCUAUUCGAAGAAGUUGAGGACAUCGACGAUCGAGCUCGGAGCUAUUUCGAAAUUCAAGAAGCACAACAUGAUAAUCCCACCCAAGAGAUCGAGACGUCCGAUGUUCAAGAAGUUCCGACGGUUAGCGCGAAGCAUGUCGACCAGAACGAAAAUAAUUGUUUCUUGUGUCACGAAGCUUUCGAUCUAUUCUUCUGUGAAGAGAGUGAAGAGUGGCGACUGCGCAACGCUGUGAUCUCGGAUGGGAAGGUUUUCCAUCCAAUUUGCUAUGAGGACUUCAUCAGACCGACACCUGAUCCUAUCGUGCCAAAGAAAGAAACUGCGACUGAAUGUGCUGAGCCCAUGGAAGUUGAAAACCCGACCAUCAAAGCCGAAGUCAGUGAGAUGCGAGCAGACGAGACCAGCCAACCUCUGCCCGGGUUGGACUUCGCUCCGCCGUCCACAAAAGAAAUACAGCGAGAAGUUCAGGUGAAACAGGAACCUGAGGAAAACCCCGAAGGAGACGCCACCGAGCAACCAUCGGAAGCCGGAGAAACUUGCGAAGACGAGAAUGACCCUAAUGACACGAUCCAAUUAGCGGAACAGACCGUGAUAGUUGAGGAUCUGGGCGAACUCGGGGUUCACAGCGAGUCCACGAGCGCUGCGGGGGGUGAUGAUGAGUCGACGCAAAACAGUGAAUCGGUAGAUCCAGUUGGGGCUCGGAGCGUGACCAGUCCCGAAAACGUCAGCCAAGAUUCGCAAUCCGAAUCCAAAGUCAUUGUUAAGAGUACGGGUGGUAUUGUUCUGAAAGUCAACUUCGACAGUAAAGCGAACGGUGAUAAUAGUGCAGCCGAUGCGAGCGUGGCCGAAGAGCCCGAACUCGAGCAAGAAGUGGAGUGGACGCCUCCGACACCUGACCCAGCCUACAAAACAUGUGCCCCUGUCCGGAAGGGAACGGAGGAGAGCGGGCUAUGCAGCAUAAUGUAAACUCUCUCAGAUCACCAUGAUGACACUUAGACGAUCAAUCAAAUUAUCCGAGGAUAGAGGAACACUCCUCCAGUUCCACGGGUAGUAGUGCGACGAACAGAUAUAGUCAUUUUUGAAUGUAAAUACGGAGUUUCGAUCGAGCUGUACUACCUGCAAUGGUCCCCGUGAGCCGGAGCAAACCUUGGAGGAAAUCGAGUGAAGACCGGGAAUCCGCUGUCAGAGCUCAAGCCGAGACCCCACUCAUUUUUGUACAUGAACUGUUAUGCGGAAUCGUU